AUUUAAAAAGUAUGUGUACGUUGAUUUAGAGAAAGAAGAACCUGUUAUAUUUAAGCAAAUCAAAAUGGAAUCUCUUCGUUUGGGAUUUACAGGUGUUAUUUUCUUUAUAGUGGUAGGAAUCAAGCCGUCGUAUUUAAUCACAUGUGGAACUUUAAACUUCGAAAAUCACACAGUAAUGAAAUGUCAGACUGCACGCUUAAUUUACACACCAAACAAGGAACAAGCACAUGAAAUGCGCCAGUGGGUCAGAGAAAUGUACCCAAACUCCGAGACGAUUUAUGACUACAAGACGUCAAAUGAUGAAAGCAAAUAUUUCGAAUCCAAACAAGGCGAAAGUUUCGUCCUGUCUAUAUCAGCAGUUAAUUCAACAGAUGCUACGGCCUAUCUUGUUCAUUGCGGAGGCGGGCAUUAUACUGACCGAUCAGAUUUAGGCGUAUCCGUUAAUACUAAUGGCUGUCCAGAAAGAUGUGGCAAACUUUCAACUACAAAAAGUUACGUCAUAGAAGGAGAUCCAGUUGCUUUUCAAUUUUCUGUUGAUCCCGGUAAAAACAUCACAUGGGAAAAGAAAGUCGAGACUACCUAUACACAACUCAAAGAUCAAAAAUAUAGUAUAAGAGUGCUACAAGAGAGAAAAGUGCACAGCCUCGAUAUUUUAAAAACAGAAUAUAGCAAUAGUGGAGAAUACAGAGUAAAUUGCGGUGACACUGUGUCGAAUUCGAUCUAUCUGAAUAUCGUGUACAGUCCACCAUCAAACCCAGUAUUUUCCAAUGUGGUAUCCAAGUUUUACUGCGAAUCCGAGGAAUGUAUAUUGGCUACUCUAGAUAAAUUAGUAACGGUAGAAUGUUACGUAGUAGGCGGAUCAAAACCCAUAGAACUUAACAUGUUUAAAAAUGGAGCUAAACUAACGAAUACCAACAAAACCAGUAAAGAUAUAAAUACCAUAACUUAUAACUAUAUCAGAUACAGCUUUAUACCAACUAUGUCAGAUAUAAACGCCAUGUUUACAUGUACAGUAAACAAUCCUGCAAUUCAAGAACCAUUGGCAACGUCUAUAAUGCUAUAUACUGAAGUUCCCCCAAAAAGUAUAGAAGUUAAUGCCAACGAAGUAGUAGAAGGAGAACAAGCUGUAGUUCAAUGUAUUACAAAGAAUGUCAGACCACCGUUGAUGUCGGACCUAUCCAUAGGUAUUGAAAAGCCUAAUACAACAAAGAAAGUUGAAAAAGCUCCGGAUAAUCUGUACACUAUCACCACGUCGACAACUCAGAUUUUUAAGCGGAUUCAUAAUCAGGAUAAGGUAUAUUGUUGCAGCAAAAUUGGUGAAAAUAAAUGCGAAACGAAGAACAUUAACGUAUUAUUUCCACCGAAGAAUGUUACUGUUGAAGAAAUUUCCAAACACAAUAAAGAAAAUGGCGACACCGUAAUGACAUUGAAGUUUAUAGUCGCAGAAUCUAAUCCUAGAAGUUCUAUUGACUUAGGUGGUCUUAAACAUGUCCAGCGAAAGAUGGUCGAUAAAAGGAAUGACCCGGUGAAUGAAACGCACGGAUGGAUAUAUACAUUGAUCUGGAGCUUCAAUUUCAAAAAAGAUGAUGAUAAAAGGGAGAUAAAAUGUGAUGUGCAAAAUGACGGUUUUCCCGACCUUGAAUUGAGUUACAUAUAUACAUUAAACAUUACAUAUUAUCCAAUAGUAACAAUAUCAGAAAAUGAACAUAAAACUGUUUACCUUGGUGAAGAUGUUGAUUUGACAUGCGAUGUAGACAGCAAUCCCCUAUCAACACUUUCGUGGCACAAUCAGACGGCCGUAAUUGAUGAGAUAUUCGGAGCAAAAAGAAUUGAACUUCAUUUAACAAACGUUUCGACAAACCAUUCCCAGACAUACAGUUGCAAGGCCCAAAAUGGAAUUGGUGGAAUUGUAUCAAGAAAUAUAACGCUUACUGUAAAAGAUCCAUCUGAAAGACCAGUAACAGAAGCAAUCAAACCAUCGGCCGAGUCAAACAUUGCCACAUUGGUGGGGCCUGUAGUUGGUUUACUUUUUGCGAUACUUAUAGCAGUUAUUGUGGCUCUUAUUAUACGUACGAAACGACAGAAUGAACCAUUAAACAAGAGGAACAUUCAUGAAAUUAAAAUUGAAGAAAGAAAACCAAGUUUACAUCCGACUGGAAAUGAACCCGUAUACAAUAACACGGCAGCGGCGUCUGGAAAAGCUGAAGCGGUCGAACAGCCAGAAUACGCAUGCGUCAUUCCAAAGAAAGACAGAGGAGAAACUAACAAUGAGGCAAUUAAAGAUGCAGGAAACAAAAAUAACGAGAGUGGAGACAAUCUGGUGUAUGCUGACCUAGAUCUAGCCGAAUAUCCUGACCUGGCAGCUAAGAGGCCACUUGUUACUAUGCAUGAGCAGACAGAAUAUGUAUCGAUAGAUUUCAGUAAGACCGGCACAGCAGCGAUUGCAGACAGUAGUGGAGACGGAAAUUAAAGCAUGUAAAACUUAAUUUGGGACCAUCUACAUUGUAACUGUUACGGAUACAAAUGAGCACAAUUAACUUUAUUCCGUUACACUAGAAGGUGGGGCAAAGAAAAUAUCGAAAGAAAUUACCCCCAUCAGGCAAACCUUUUAAGCUAAAUAAUUUAUUAGAUUAACCUUGUUUUGUAUCUUGAAUGAUUAUUUAUUUUGUCUUUAAUUUUGGUAUAAGCGGCUGAAAUGGCAGUCCAAAGAUCUGGGAAGUUUUUCAUUAGUGUUAUAGACUAACUUUAUUGUAUUUUGUUUGCAUUCUCUUUAUUUAUCAAUUUUGUUUUGUUUGACUUUUUAAGUAAUGUUUUAUUGAUUUUCAUUUAUAGAAAGAAAUUUGCAUAUUUACUAUAUGAUAAAUGAAAACUGCUAAGCCCAUAUUGUUUAUCAGUAACAUUAAUCAUAUUUAUAAUUGUUCAUCUGAUAUCAUUAGACAAAUGUCACAUACAUAUAUGAAUCAAUUCUGUCCAGGUCACCUUGAUGUUCAAUUUCUUCGUUUUUGUUAUUUAAAAGAGGUUCUCUUCUGCUUUUGUUACAGAUAAGGAGUAACGAUAAAUUAAACACAUCAAGUAUCACAUUUUAUUACAUUAGACAGUUAUUGAAAAUUAUAAACUUAGUGUAUCUGAUAAGUUUUGAUAUAAUUCUUGUUAUUUUGGACAAAAUCUAAAGUAAAAUAAACUCAGUCAGUUCUUAAGUAAUAUAAACUGUUUACUAGAAAAUGUAAUGAUAUCUGCAUGCGGUCUAAAAUAAUUUGUGGAAGGAAGUAUUGUUAAACAGAAUCUAAAUAUCUGAGCAAUUUAACUAGAAAGGAAAAUAACUAUCUUGACUUUAUAUUUUAUAUAAGUACUAUCCUUUACAUUUUAUUCAAUCUGACAGUAACUAUCCUUUAAAUUUAGGUUAAGAACUAUCUAUUUUAGAAUGACUAAUAAUAGUGAAUAUUUUCUUUAUCAAAAUACAAAGAUUCAAUAUAAAUGAACUCAUCAAAGUUAUACAUUAAAAUGAAUUUGUUGCGUAAUUUGUCCGUAAAGGUAUUGUUUUUUGCAAGAAAGGUUUCGAUUGUAAAUUUGUGCGUUUGUGUGUUUUUAUGAAAAUUAUUUCAAAACUUUAUCAUCAUUCUGUUGUUGUUUUAAAAAGAUUGCCUCAUACGUUUGGACAAAUAAGAAGUUUGUUCAAAUACAUUACUUUUUGUAGUGGGAUUAUAUAAUUGCUUUAUCAUUGCGUUUUGUUUGAAUGUCAAAUGUUAAGGUUUUAUCGAUAAAUAUUAAUCUUGAAUAAUCGUAUUAGUCCAAAUUUAGCGCUUCAUUUAAUCAAAUGUGUUGAGCUUUAAAACAAAAUCGGCAUAGCAAAAAAUCACUUCUAAAAACUGCUCAUCUUUACUAACGAGGGAAUACCUCAAGGGGUUUUUUGUGCAUUAUUUCUGGCAUGAGCGAGUACUUUGUAGCUAAGUUUAUCCACCGAUCUCAUGUAAGCUACCAGGAUAGCAUUUAUACAUGAGUCCAAAAUCCUUGUUGGAUUUCAAACCCACAGCUUCAGCAUUUACCUCGCUAAAAUGAAGACUCCUAAUAUUUCAUCUGGUAUACAUUUUGACGCUAGAAAAAGUUUCACUCAUACAGCAACUUUUUCACGAUAUUGCAAUAAUACCUAGUUCUACUGUUGGCAACCAUUCUAGAAAUUUUAGCAUUGAUCAAUUUGCAAUAAGCUUACAUUAUGCCAUGCUGAUAAUAGUUGAUGUUAUCUACAUACUAUUAAUUAGUUUAUUUCUUAUUUACUUAAUUGACAAUUACAUUUAAGUAAUUUAUUCAAAAUAACUUUUUCCGUUCGUCCAGAAUAUCUGUCUAAAUUGCUGCAACAAUGUUAUAAUCAGUUAUGACAUUAAAAUGCUUUAUUUAUGCACC